AUGCAUCUUCUAGACGCCAGAACAAAGGUGCUUAAGAAGUAUGUAGAAGAGAAAGAUGGAAAGGCUGUGGAGGAAUAUGCUAUACUUUCUCAUCGAUGGCUAUCCCAGGAACACGAAAUUCUCUUUGAGGACAUGGGCCAGAACAUCGAAUCAAAAGAGUGCGGACUUAGAAAGAAACAAGGCUUCUAUAAACUCAUCCAGUGCUGCGAACAAGCUCUUCGCGAUGGCCUCAACUAUAUCUGGAUCGACACUUGCUGCAUCGACAAAUCAAAUAGUACAGAGCUUCAGGAGGCCAUCAAUAGCAUGUAUCGAUAUUUCGCGAACGCCAAGAUAUGCUAUGUUUAUCUCAAAGACACGUUACGCACAACUAAUGGAUAUUUCAAGCCGGGAAAGAAGGAGGAUUGGUUUGAAAGAGGUUGGACGCUGCAGGAGCUAAUAGCUGCAAAGAAUGUCCAUUUCUACGAUAAAAGAUGGGUGUAUCUUGGGAGCAAAUUUGAUCUAGGAUAUAAGAUAUCCGAGAUCACAGGCAUCUCAAGGUCCGUGCUAUGCUACCCAGAGGACAUAAAGAUAUUUUCAAUCGCACAGCGCAUGUCUUGGGCAUCCCGUCGCAAGACUACUAGGGAUGAAGAUCUUGCCUAUAGCCUCAUUGGGCUAUUCGAUGUGAGCAUGCCUAUGCUCUAUGGUGAGGGGGGCGCCAAAGCAUUCCUACGACUCCAAGAAGAGAUCAUUAAGAGAUCAGAUGACCACUCCAUCUUUGCCUGGGGAGGCUUACAGAUGUUCAACGGAUUAUUAGCCCCAAACCCAGGAGCUUUUGAUGGCUGUGGGGAGACAAGAAGCGUCCAAAGUCGCUUUGGAAAUAGUCCAUUCUCCAUGACGAAUAGAGGCCUUUCUAUCACACUGAACUUGAGACCCUGGGUGCUAGAUACAUAUUUAGCAUGUCUUAAUUGCCGGGGUGUCUCUAAUUCAACACGGCUGGCGAUUUUCCUACGGAGGAAUAAGGCAGAUGAUCAAUACUCUCGAGUCACUGUAGACGGCGAGGAGAUUUGCUGCCUCCCAGUCAACCAAACCACACACACAAUCCCAAACUCCAAGAGCUCCAAGAAUAUCCCCAUCUUCGUGAAAGGGGUCAUAUCAAAGGAGAUAGCAGAUUCGGAAGAAAUCCUAAACGGGUUUCAAAUAAAAAACCAACUCGCUGAAUCGUCUUCGGUAGUAGGAAACUGGAAACCGAAAUCGCAAACCGUAACCUUCGAUCCUGAUACCGAUGGAUGGCGCGACGUCGCCACAUUAAACCUUUCUAAAUGCGGAAAGAUCAAAGUCGUGAAGCUAGGGUUCGACUUCGAUUUCAACCCUGUUAUUCUCCUCCUCGAGUCGACGGUCAAUCCCUCGAUUAAAUUUAUCAACACUUCGCCAAUCGUAUCCAAAGAUGCGCAAGGAGUUUCGAGUGUAUGGAAGAUGUUUCCCAAUGUCCCCCUGAAAUGGAACCAUGUAGAACCUGGUAAAUGGGGAAGCAUGAAGGCUUUAGAUAAUCCAUACAAUGGCAUCUGGGUGUUAAAGGGGGAUCGGUUGACGGACAUCUCCAUAGUUCUCCGGUCUUUGGAUAUAGUACUCAUCCUGCGCAAGAGGCGGAUAAGUAAUCUUGGAUAUGCCUGUUUCGGUUGGACGUUAACUAUCUUGCAUUAUAAGGAAUGGGAAACGAAGAUGCCUUCAAUAUUGGUCACUCCCUACCUUGAUAACUUAGUCUCAUCAUCACAAGACUAUGAGAUAUAA